AUGAAAAGUGCACCAGGUGUACCGUUAACUAUUGCUGAACUCCAGUUAUCAUCACCUUUGCCAUCUCCAAACAGACAUCCAUCAAAUACCACCGCUCAACAACAGCAUCAACAGCAUACGACUCGUCUUGCUCACACAGAGGCCUCAUCUUCCAAUGCAACCAUUCUUCCUCAGCUCCAUUUUGACUCACCGUAUUCUUUGAAUCCUGACUUAUACCCUCUAGCUAAUAUUACAACUCCACAUGCCAUCAAGAAAUUUACAUUCAAAGUGGAUGAAAAGCAUGGUGUUUUUGAAGAAAUACAGGCAACUGCAGCCAGAAAAAGAUCAGCCUCUAUUUGGGAUGACGAAAGAAGUUACAAACGAACAGAAUUAGAGAAUAUUGAAGAAAUAGACCAAACAAACAAUACCGCCUUACAAAUACCAGCACCAGCAAACAGCGCAUAUUCACCUGGACCCUCUUAUGCUCCAACAGAUGCUAUGGUCGAUAUUAUACCUGAUAGCCCCAACUCUGCGCUUCCAUCGCCUGUCUCUGAUUUAGAUCAUCAAGACGUUUGGCAACAUCAUGAUGAACAAGAGGACGACGAUCCUAUGAAUACAGCCCCCACAACCGAUAAUACAACUCCUACUACUAUUGCUACUACCAACCUCACUAAUACCACUACUAAUUUAACACUGCUCGACACAUCUUCGUUAUUUGAAAUGUUUGAUACACUACCAGAUAACAUCCAGACCUACCUCAUGUUUCAAUUACUCAAACGGUCUCCUCGAAAUGCCCUGCGUAUGGCCAAUGCUACUAUCAUGCAAGCCUUGAAAAAGGACAUUGUGACCAGCCUGCCUGAAAGCAUUGCAGAGAUUGUUCUCUCUUACUUGGACAUUCGAUCCCUGUGCCGUGCAUCGGGUGUCAAUCACUCUUGGAAACAUCUCAUUGACAAUGCUUCGGAGGUUUGGAAAUUAAAAAUGAAGCAAUUGGAUUUCGUACCUACGUCAACAGAGACAUUACAAAGCGACUACAGGCAAAUUGUGCGUCGCCACACCAUCAUGCGACGGAACUGGCGUCAAAACCUGCAUCACAAAAUGCUGCUGGAAGGCCAUGAAGAGGAUUUGGUGACUUGCUUGCAGUUUGACGACGAGAAAAUCAUUACUGGAUCAGAUGAUCAUAGCAUUAAUGUGUACGACAUCAAAACCGGCAAGUUGAAGAGUGCUCUCAAUGGCCAUGAUGGCGGAGUCUGGGCCUUGCAGUAUGUUGGCAAUACCUUGGUGACCGGAUCCAUUGAUAGAACCAUUCGUGUAUGGGAUAUUGAAAAGGGUACAUGUCGAUUCAUCUUGCGAGGUCAUUCCAGUACGGUGCGCUGUCUCAAAAUUGUCAUGCCCACCAAGAUUGUCAAUCCCGAUGGCUCGGUUACUAUGGAACCCAGUGAGCCGAUCAUUGUCAGUGGCUCCAGAGACAUGACCAUCCGUGUGUGGCGAUUGCCUGACCUCGAAAAGGAGCCAGAGGUGCCAUUGUCGACAUGCUUAGAAAACGAUGUGAUAUCACAGCGUUUCCUCAAGUACAAGCUGGUUGAGCAUGAGCAUUCUGUGCGGGAUUUGGCUCUCUACGGCAACAUUUUAGUGAGUGGCAGCUAUGACAACAAUGUGAUUGUAUGGAACUUGGAUACCGGCAGAAAGAUGCACAUUUUGAAGGGCCAUACCAUGAAGGUGUAUUGUGUGGCUAUUGAUCCCAAGCGUCGACAUUGUAUCAGUGGCAGUUUGGAUGCAUCUGUGAGGAUAUGGGGCAUUGAUGACGGUGAAUGUAAAUUUGUAUUACAAGGACAUGCUAUUCUAGUAGGUCUGUUGGGCCUAGUGGACGACUGCCUGGUGAGUGCAGCUGCAGAUGCCACUCUGAGAAUCUGGGACCCCUCAAAUGGAGAUCGUCUUCAUAUUUUAGCAGGAACUAAUGGCCAUCAAGGACCCAUCACAUCAUUUCAGCAUGACAAGUAUAAGAUCAUUUCUGGUUCUGAAGGCGGCGUAAAAAUGUGGGACACACAGACGGGAGAACUCAUGUAUGAUCUCAUUGAAGAUGUCGCGGGCGUAUGGAGAGUGUGCUUUGAUGAAAGAAGAUGUAUAGCAGCUGUUAAAAAUGAGCAUAAGACUCAAUUGAUUGUCUUGGAUUUCGGUAUACAUGGACUAGAAGGUGAUGAAGCAAUCUAG